AUGGCUCCCCCUAACCCUAUAUUUACUUCUACUAAUGGGAAGUGUCUUGGCCCUCAGGAAUUCUAUGCCGGUCUCGAUGGCUACGUCAACCCGGAUGCCAAAGUCCUUGAAGAAUAUCAAUCUAGCCUUCGCUACGCGAACCCACAAUCCUUCUUUGAUGACGCUUUCUCCAGUUAUGACGAUUCGUCGAUUACACAGGAGGACAUUUUCGGUGCAAGGAUGGUCCACCGUACUAAGACGGAUAUCGACUCGGAAGAUAGCCGCCCCAAAUGUUAUGUUGACGAGGACUCAAAUCUCCAUGACCCAGAGUCCUCGAACACGAAUCCCACUCAUCCUGUUGAGCUCUUUGAACCUUUCGCGCUUGUUGGCUCAACUAUUAAUCCUCCACUUCUCUCCUCUAAUGGUUCAGCGGGCGUUGAAACCCACAUGACAACUAAGAAGGUUCUACUACAAACAGAAUCCACUAUUGCCGACAGCAAAGCCAUGCAAGAUCAGAUUAAAGCUGAUUUCGAUAAGGAGAUGCUUCAAGAUGCCAUGGCCAUUAUGGAACUCCAAAAUCUCAUUGUCUUGAGUAAGCACGAUCAAGCUUGCCUCAAGAAGGACAUUUACAUAAUGAUGGACAGAUGGGCGACACAGGAAUUGGCGGAUACUGAAUUGGCCCUAGAAGACCAGUCUACUGUUGACGGUAUAUACAAACUUUACCAACUUUUACUGUCUCUCAUCAAAGACUACUUGGACAAGGCGACCUCUGAUUUCCUCCCACGAGCAUAUCGAGGUCUUCCUGUGGUGGACUCGGGCUUGACUUACAACGAGCGCCAAGGGCUCGAGGGGGGGUUUGACCUGGAUAUUCUUGACAAACCUGGACGGAAACUUCUUUUCUGGGCUUUCCUAAGACACGAGUUAAUGAGCAAGGUUCGUCUUUACGUCGCGGUUAUUGAUCGUAGCUAUAGGCCUCCAGCCGAACUGAGUCGACGAGGAGGCCAUAAGUUUCUACCUUGGGAGGACGAAGCCAUCAGGUGUGUUCAUACCUAUAUACAAACUCUAUACACAGCCUUCUUUUCUGAGUGGUCUGGAGCUGAGGUGCCGGAUCCACCAAUCCCAGGACUUGGACCCUCCAGUAGCAUAGUCUGCGAGACGACCCAAUGGGUAGAAGCACUCGCAAACGAUAAGUCCGUGUGCGCCACGGCCGCAGCAAAACUACCGAACUAUGGUCAUCAGCCAAUCAUGAGCCUCUUGGAUGAGAGACAAAAGCAGCAAGGUCACGAAGCUUCGAUUGAACCUGCAUUGUCUCUUCUCAGAGAUGCCAGGUUCGGUUGUGGUUAUGAUCGCGCCCAUAAAGAUACCAUUUCGGGAAAUUUUGACAGGAAAAAGGGGUUGGUUCCAGAAUUGUGGAUGGACAUCGUACUUCGUCAUGGCACGCCUCGCAAUUAUACACAAGAGAAUCUUACCCUACUCCGACAGCGCGCAUGGGUUUUCUUCUGGGGUCCUACAGCUCAACCCCAUCGCGAGGCCUUACUCAACAUAUCUCAGAAAUCAGGUAUUGGACUAUCCAUUCUGAAAGGAUGGGAACGUUCUUUCUUUCAAGAAUGGACCACAAAUGCAGAUUUGGAGGAAAUAGACGGAGUUCAUGCAUAG